AUGUCUUUUGUAUUUUGCGACGUUUCAAGAAGAUCAAAAGGUCUCAGUCAAGAGAGGUUGCUUUCAUUAUGGAUGGCUGAAGGGUUCGUGCGGAAAGUCGACAUGAAACGCCUGUCAGAUGUUGCUGGAGACUAUCUGACUGAUUUAAUUAGAAGAAGCUUACUCAUGGUUGCCAAACAGACAUCCAUGGGCAGAGUGAAAAGGUGCCGCAUUCAUGACUUGUUGUAUGAAUUUUGUUCUCAGAAAGCCAAAGAGGAACAUUUUUUCCAUUUCCUAGGAGGUGGAGGGUACAAUGAAUUGUCAGCAUUCAACGAGCCAUGGUUCUUUGCUUGCAAACUACUAAGAGUGCUGGAUUUGGAACAGAUUCAUUUAGAUGAUGGUAUUCCGAGUGAAAUAGGGCAGCUUCUCCGGUUGGUCUACCUUACAAUUGGAGGCUAUGUGUGGGAGAUACCAGCAUCCAUAGGCAACCUGUCUCGUUUAGAAACUUUAAUAAUAUAUGUGGAUGAAGGAUUUAACUUACCCUUACCUGAUAGUUUCUGGAAUCUGCAAAGAAUAAAGCAUUUUUUCCUAUCCAGUAAAGCAUUUACAUGUGAUAUGGGUUUUAGAUUGCCCGUGACAAAUCUUGGCAAUUCAUCUGAUUUGUACGGGUUGGAUAGCAUUUUUGGAGUGGCCAUUCCGCAUGAUGCCUUGGAAAGAGUACUUGAAAAGUUUCCAAAUACUAUUACAUUUGUGGGGUCUAUUGGAGAAAGAGAAUACUAUUACAAGGGAGAGACUCCAAGCGUGCACGCCUUUGUUACGCGCCCUCCUGAGCUGCAAGCUGACUUCCGAAAGUGCCUCUGGCCUCCUAAGUACAAGCCUGCAUAG